AUGUCGUUAGUCCAUAAAGAAAGCAAUAUUACAGGCCCGGAACCAUUUUUAAGCAGUACCACGUACGGCAAACAUUCCAGCACAAGCAGUGGCAUUCAAGAGUGCAAAAAUAUACUUUACAAGUAUGAUGAUUACAACCAAAAAUUUUGUGGAGAGAAUGAGUUGACAAAUCAUUUAACGCAGAACCACAAAGGUUUAAUGCACCAAUUCGGACAUUGCAACUACGAAACCAACGAUGAGAAACAUCUGAAGUGCCACAUACUAUGUGUUCAUCCUAACAUCCAGGAAGGAAGUAAUAUUGCAGACCCAAGACCUUCUUGGAAGAGUGAUGAUCUGUGCGGCAAAUAUUCUAACAGAAAUAGUUGCAUUGAAAACAAUAUGCUUCACAAAUAUGAUGUUUGCAAUCAAAGAUUCCGUACAAUUAAUGAGUUGACAAAUCAUUUAAUGGAGGACCACAAAGAUUUAAUGCACCAAUCUGAAUAUUGCAACUACGAAACUAACAAUGAAGAGCAUCUGAAAAGCCAAGUACAAUGUGUUUAUCCUAACAUUCAGAAAGAAAAUAAUAGUUCGGAGCCGGGACCGUCUUGGGAGAGUGAUCCCUGUGGCGAACAUUCCAACACAAACAGCUGCAUUGAAAACAAUAUGCCCUACGAAUGUGAUGCGUGCAACCAAAGGUUUUAUAGAAGAUAUGAAUUGAUAUAUCAUUACAAGAAUGCCCACCGACGUUUAAUGUACCAAUGUAAACAUUGUAUAUACGGAACCAACUGUGAGGAGGAUAUGAAGAGCCACAUACGUGAUCAUUCAAACAACCAAGAAGAAAGCAUUAUAGACCCGGAACCGUCUUUGGAGAGUGAUCCGUGCGACAACCAUUCUUGCAAAAACAGCUGCAUUGAAAACAAUAUACUUCACGAAUAUGAUGUUUGCAACCAAAGGUUCCGUAAAAUUAAUGAGUUGACGAAUCACUUAACGGAGGACCACAAAGAUUUUAUGUCCCAUCGUGAACAUUGCGCCUACGAAACCAACGAUGAGGAAAAUCUGAAGGACCAUAUACGACGCGUCCAUCGUAAUAUCCAGGAGAAAAGUAAUAUUUCAGAGCCGGUACCGUCUUGGGAGAAUGAUCCCUGCACCAAAUAUACCAGCAGAAAUAAUAGCAAUGAAAAGUACAAAAUAGAUCAAGAGCAAUGUCAAAUUUGUAAUCAAAAGUUCUGUAGCGAGCAAGAGUUGAUGCAUCACUUAAUAAAAGCCCAUGGACGUCAGACGACAUUCAAUUGCAGUCAAUGCACCUACAAAACCAACUACAAAUUUAAUUAUCAACGUCAUUGGAAUGUAAAGCAUAAAGACAAUUAUGACUAUCCGUGUACUGAGCCCGGCUGUAAAUGGGCGUUCAAAUCGAAGCAGGAACUGAAGUGCUACAUACGAUGUAACCAUUCUAACCAACAAGAGAAAAGCAAUAUUAUGAACCCGGGACUGUCUUCGGAGAGUGAUCUGUGCAGUAAACGUUCCUCUAGAGGGAGCAGUAUUAAAACGUACGUAAAAAAUUCUAUGGAUUGCCCAACCUGCAAACAAAGAUUUUGUUAUAAGAAAGAGUUGAUAGAUCACUGCAUAAAUGUCCACGGACGUUGGGCGAUAUUCAACUGCAUCCAUUGUAGCUAUGAAACUAAUAACAAGAGAGACUAUGAAUUGCAUAAUAAACGAUGGCACGAGGACAAUUACGUGUGUACUAUGCCCGGCUGUAAUUGCAAGGGCAAAGUUCAGCCGAAUCUAACACAUACAACAUGUUCAUCUUAAUAGUCAAAAGAGAAGUAAAAGUACGGACGCGGAGCCGUCCUUGGAGAAUGGCUCAUGCAGCAUACAAUCUAGAAUAAGAACAAAACAGCAUUAAAGAAAGUAUGCUUAAGGUUUUGACAGACAGAAAAAGUUGAAACAUCAUCAUCUCUGAAAGGACCAUGGAAGGACUGCAGUGAUUGCAAUUACAUGUCUAACAGGAAAUAGGACUUGCAAUGUUACAUUGCAUACGAAAACAUAUGUACAAUUACGACUACGUAUGUAUAAUAUUAACCCAUUAAC